UAUUUGAGAAAUUUAAAACUAAGGGGAGUGAAUGUGAUAGAUAAUAGACUCCGACUCGGGUCGGGUUAAAGUUUAACAUUUAGAAGAGGAUUACGGAGGCGGAGUCGAAGCUCGAGGACCAUGGCGUCGACGUCGUUGGUACUAACGAUAGCACCUCCUCUGUUCAGUUCCGCCUUGAAGAAGAAGACGAUGACUACAGAGCCCUCAGUAAAAUUCAGAAGAAGAUGCUCGGGGAAAGAAGAAGUGCUUCUAGAAGGAAUGCCACCGGAGUAUUAUGAUGAUGAAUGGCAAGCUCGGCAGAGGGAGAAGACGAAAGAAUUGCGGCGGAUGCAGCGGGAGGAAGAAGAAGAGGAAGAGAGAAAGAUUGAAGAGUACCGUGAAAUCGGUUUGAGGUUGAAGGAAUUUCCUGAGGAAGACUUGAGGAAAGCUAGAAAGCUCGUCUCCAGCUUCAUCACUGCUGCUGAGGAAGUCGAAGAGAGAAUUGAAGAAGCUGCUGAGAAAGGAGAACUGGACGAGCUUGUUCUCAUGAUCAUAUGGAACCGCCUUGACCUCGCUCGCCGUGAUGACGAGAAGGACGCUAUAAGAAGUCUUGAUCUCUUGUAUAGAAGAGUCGAGGUAAUUGGGUUGAAAGUGAAUCCUUAUAUAUUUGGCUCAUUUCAGACAGAGAUCUUAAAACGGCAAGCAAGUCCUGCGAUGAAGCUGCUGAAUGAUCUUCUAAACAUGCAUGAUGGCUUUGGAGACGAUGCUUGGCUGAAAGACUGCAGAAAACGAAUGGCUGAGACAUUCCCACGGGAAGACCCCUUCAGCAUUCUAAUGCCACCCGGUUUCGACAUUGAUAUGCAUCAAGGACCGUUACGGUCGCUCGUUGAGACAGACAACACCCUUCUGAGAGUAGACUUUGUAAGAGAAGUUGAUGCAUUGCUGCAUGAAGUGAGAUUAAUAGAGGAAGACGAGGAGGAAGCUGGUAAGAAAGGAGACCCUGAAGCGAUAGCACGUAAGUUGAAGCAGCAAGAGAAGAAGCGAACCAUCCGUCAAGUUGAAGCCCUUCUUGAUUUGGCCCUCAACUUGAAGUGGUAGGUUAGGUACCAAGAGUUGUUUGUAAAGAAAAUACGAUACUAAUAGGAUUGCGGGAGCAUCAUGCUUUUUCUUAAGGAAUAUUGGUCAGAUCAAAAUUUUACCCGCAUUAUUCUGCA